AUGGGAGGAUUCGUCCCUCGUGGCGGAGCUGGUUUCCAAGCAAAUGCUCCAAUUACCAGCCUUUUCAAUCACGCUCACGACGCCGCGAAUGGCUUCAGCCGCAUGAACGACGGUUACGUCUCGACGACCUCAAGCAUUGACGCGGCCAUGGGUUGUAUCAGGGAUCACCACGGCGGCGAUGGCUAUGUCUAUGCUAUCGCCGCUGCCGACACCUCGCAAAGCGGCAGCCCCCUUAGUCCAAUCCUCGAGAUUCUUCUCGGCGACUUCCGAGAUGAUCUUUUCAACGGCUUAGGAGAAGGGAUGCAGGAUCUGCAGGGUGCAUUGAUCGGAAAUCUGACGUUGCGGUUGGGCGUGCGGGACACCUACUCUCUCUUCGUGCGAAACAUAUGCGAGGGAGAUUACCCAUCCGAGAGCGCCGGAAGCGCCUUGGAGUUUGACGACUGUAUAUCAUACGAGGACAAGUCCGCGGGCCUCCGACGGAUCGCGGCCUCUAUUCCCUCCACGUUUGCUCUCGGGCCCGCCAACGUUUCGAUACCCCUCGUUGAAGCGGUCAUCGACGCUGGACUCGGCCUUGCGCUUUGCUACAGGGGGUGCAAAGGCGCUCCUUGCGCUGCUCGUCGUCUCUGCCCUUGCGACGGGAACGUCGGUUGUUGUGUCAACCUUGACCGUGAUACUGGCACCGCGGCGGUGGUUGUGACGAUAGCGCUUAUUCUCAUCGGCUCUUCGGCGCUUAAGGAGGUGGGAGUGGGUGUUGGACUGGAGAUCAGGAGAGGGGAGGCUUUCUGGGGGUGA